CUCCUUGUCCCCUGUCUUCCAUCUCAAAAAUCCCACCUCCCACCGCCCCUCAUCCUUGCAGUCCACUCCUCCACAUCGUCAAACCCCCUUCGGCUCGUACAGAGCCUCGUCGACCCUCGAGCUUCACUUUAUCUCUUGCCUCUGGCUUGCCUUAACCCCUCUUUUGGCAGUAGCCAAGACGCGACUUCUGCCUCCACUAAUUUCAACUUUGUUUCCCGGUUUUACAGUUAUACUCUCUCUCUCUCUCUCUCUCUCUCUCUCUCUCUCAAUCUCCAUCACUCUCUCACGCUCUCCAUAUAUAUUCUAUUCAAACGUACGUCUUCAUCUGACCUCGUGUCUGCCCAUACUCAUCGGCACGUCUCUGCUUCUGUAGACAUGCGCUUAACCCGACCGUCCUAUGUUGUCAUCGCAUGCUCAGUUUGGAGGCAAAACAUGGAACCCGCUGAACCCUAG